UUCAUUGAAAGUUUCGAAUUGCAAAGCUCAAUAGUCUAUACUUAUGGCAGAUGUUCUUAUCAACAAGUUCAAUGACAGAGUCGCUAUCGGUUUGGGUGAGGUUUUAUGGUCUUGGCAACGCUGCGACGGCUGCCAGGCAAAUAUGAAAUGUCAAACAACUGUUUGCUCAUCCUACAUUUCUCGAGCAAAGCGGUACAUGAAGUACUACGAGGCACUCGUAUUGGACUAUCACGAUGAACUGCCUCUUGAAGGGCAGCCUUUCAAGACUCACGGCGAUAUUUGGAAAGCCAUUUUGCUGCUUACAACUCAUCCAGAACUUACACGCGCUGAAUUCUCUAGGCUCAUCUCGGCCCCUUCGGUGGCACCUGUGAAUCACAACUUGCUGAUAGAUGCAACAACUCUGGUUGUAAAGAUUGUCUGCAUGACAGACUGUUCCAGUUUAUACUAUUCGCCCAGACGGUUGGAAGAGGGAAAUAUGGGCUUGGUCUGGGGCGAUCAGACCCCCUUCGAGAAAUAUCUGCAAGACUUAUUCGCUACACAAAGUCACCCGGUUUGGUCAAGCCAACAUGGCCAAAACGAGGUCUUGUGCACAAGAAGGUCUCGAAUGAGGGCCACAAAGCUCAGAAAACACUUGGGCUUGACAGUAUGUCCAACACACGAGAUCAGGGAUCAUUUACGUCUUGAUACCCGACGCAAUGAGAUCAAGAUAUUUCAUUAUACCUCCUUUAUCAAGGAAAAUCUGAAAGCAAAGAGAAACUCCUCGGUUAUAAAUCUGUUACCCAGGCAGCUAUUACUCGAAAUACUAGAUUCUACCCAGCGCAUUCUAUUCCCCUUGAGCGAUGCCAAGUCUAGGAAGCUGUUAAGACACCUGAUUUCCAACAGCGACUAUGCCUUUGACCCUGAAAUCGAGAAAUUCGAGCUGAGUAUAUUCUCCAACCCUGGAGAAGAAAAUAUACCGUAUGUAUACCUUGCAGAACGACUGGAAGAACUGUUUCAAGAGUUACAAAGUCCUAAGCCGCGAACAUGGUUGGAUAAACAGAUGCAAAGGCGAAGUGGCGCAAGGUACAGUGAGUUUCCCAACCACGUGCGAUCAAAAUCCCCAGACAUAUUUGCAAAACAAGUAUCCAUUACCCAAAUUUCUAUCCGAUAGUUUAAUAAGAUAAGUCCUAAUACUGAUAUUGAUGUAUAGUGAUGUUGGCAACAUUGAUUGGUGUGGCAUUUGCGAUUGUAUUAGGUGUUCUCUCCUUGAUCUUGAGCUCAGUCCAAACCUGGAUUACGUAUCAAGCAUGGAAACACCCAAUAUAGUUGUCAGUCGUUGGUUAAUAUAAUAAUUACUACGAAGUCUCUCAUCGUAUCCAGUGCUGUGUACGUGAGCGCAUGAUACUAGGCGUUAUUAUCGAGAGGAGUUAUUUCAUUGCUUUAUCACAACCCAUAUGUCUCCUAUAUUCACAUCUAGUCCCUAAAGGUAGUAUGUUCAAGCUGGUUUACAUCUACAACUAGGUGGUCAUGUUCAUUUUGAAAAAAAAAAAAAAAUAAAAU